GUUGUAUGUUACCCAGAUAGCACUGCCGUGCCAAAUGGUUUUCUCCUGAACUCCUGAUCAUAAAAUUGAACAUAUUCAAUAUGGCAACUCUGUGACACAUUACUACACUGGUAUAGGCAGCUAUAAGUAUAUAUCUUUACCUCUACACCUUUUUACUCAUCGUAAGAGAGAUUACUGCUGUCAAAUUCGCUUGGGAUACGCCUAAAACACUUGUCGAUUAAAUAAAUGUAUAUAUAUACGUAUAUUUGUUUAUUUAUAUCGCUCAAUUACUAAACUACUUAAAUUAUUUAAUGAUUUAAUGAAGAAUUAAAUAUAAAAUUGGUGGAGUCGAAGUGGGUUGCUGUAAAGAUAGAGGAAUCAAUAAAUAAUGGAAGCCCUAGUUGAAUUUAAUUAUGUAGCACAAGAACCUGAUGAAUUGACAAUAAGAAAAGGGGACAUCAUUAAAGAUGUUAAAGUUAUGUCUGGUGGAUGGUGGGAAGGAACAUUGAGAGAUAAACGUGGUAUGUUCCCUGAUAAUUUUGUCAAGGUGUUGGAGACAAGUGCAAGUGCUGUGAAAAAUGAACAAGUUAGUGUUGAAAUUAAAAAGGAAACAGUGACACUUCGUAAUGGAUCUGUUGUUAAUAAUACCAUGAGUAGUAAUAGUAGUUGUAGUAGUAGUAGUAAUAGUAAUAAUAAUAAUAGUAUAAAUCAUAACCAUAGUAAUAAUAAUGGUAGUAGCAAUAGUAUGAACAGUUCGACGAGUAAAUGGUGCAAAGUACUUUUUAGUUAUGAUCCAUGUAAUGAAGAUGAAUUGACAUUAAUACCAAAUGACAUGGUUGAAUAUUUGGGUCAAGUUGAGGAAGGCUGGUGGACUGGACGAUUGCGUGGUCGGGUUGGAGUAUUUCCAUCAAAUUUUGUUUCACCCCCAGCUACUGCUGAUGAUACUAAAGAAUUGUGUCGAGUAUUAUUUUCUUAUGAGGCAGCUAAUGAAGAUGAAUUAACGCUUGCAGAAGGCGAAAUUGUAACUUUAAUUUCACGUGACGCACCUGAUAAAGGCUGGUGGAAAGGUGAAUUACGCGGUAAAAUAGGUUUAUUUCCAGAUAACUUUGUUCAAGUAUUACCGGCAAAAGACUUACCCUUACAUCAAGAAGAUACUAAUAAAGUGAGACCAUUAGAAUUAAAUAGAGGUUUAAAAACAACGAGCACAAGUAGUUUAAAACAGUGGAAUACUGGUAAAAAAGGUGAAAAAGCUUAUGUACGAAAAAGUUUAGAUACAAGAACAUCAAAUACUGAAAAAAAAAGUGUUAGUCCAAUAUCACCGGUACUUGUUGGUGGUGGUUCCUCUUCAUCAGUAUCUUUAGCUUCUUCUGAUAAAAAUUUACCUGAUAAAAAAAUUAUUAAUUCAUCCUCACCACCAAUUUCCUCUGGUAUCAAACGACUAAUUAAGUGUGAAGAUAUAACAACUGGUAGCUCAAUAUUACCGCUGGAGGCUGCUGAUAGUAAUGAAGGAAUUGAGGAGGAAUUGGAUGGAAUUGAAAGAGAAGAAGAUACUCCACUACUACAUCUUACAGCAUCUCGAGUUAAAGCACCACGACGACGUUUGCCUUCCAGUCAUCAUCACACUCGUCAAGUCAGCACUGAAAAUACAGUAACUACUAAUGGAACCGUUGAUACUGUAGAUCAGUCGAGAAAUGAUGAUAAUGAAAACGGAACUGGAAAAAAUCGACAACCAAUUGCACCAUGGAUAGAGGAAUUGAAGUUAAAUCAAAUGGAAAAAAAGAAAAUAUCGACAGACAAAGUUGAUGUAAAAAAAGAAAAAAAUAGCGUGAAUGAAUCACCAAUUCAUAGUAUUUCUGACAGUAUCGAUCAGUUACAAGAUAAUCAAGACUUACAAAGACUUAAAGAUAAAGACAGUUCAUCGUAUCAACGAACUAACUCACAUCUACCCUGUCCAGUAUCGCCGACAACUUCUGGAACACCUGCUUACGUUCCAUAUCGACUUUACAGCCAAUUGCUUGAUCGAGUUGCUACACUUGAAGAAAGACAAAUAGUAUUGCAGCGAAUGGUAAUUCAAUUGUCUGAACAAGUAGGCCCACUGUUAACUAAUUCAUCUUCAGUAACUGGUAACAAGUCUUAAUCGAUCCCUACUUUUUUUUAUCGUUAAUAUUAAUAUUUUUUUUUAUUUUUUAAUUAUUAUUUAUAAUAAGUAUUUAAUACCAUACAUGCUACCAAUUUAUUUUCUUCUAUAAAUUUAUUCCUUGACUGUCGAUAAAUGAAACAUAUUUAAUAUACAUACCAGACUAUCAGACUAUAAUAUAUAUUCGUUUGGAACAAACAUAUUUUUUUUUCGUUCCUCAUUGAAAAUCUUAUUCUACAUGUUAAAAUAAAAAUUCAGUCAAAUUUAGAACCCUUAUUAUAAAUUUUAUGGACUGGAACCACGUCGUUGAAGUUUUCCCAUACUAAAAGCAUGUAAAUCUAGAUUUUUUUCUUUUCAUUGAAUAAAAUUCAGCCCCAUACUAACGUAUCUUAUUGGUUCAACGUUUUAUUUGAAAAGAACUGUAUACUUUUUGAAAAAGCCUGUAUCUGCUUAGCAGUUACUUCAACGUCAGUCCGUGUGUAAACCUUGAAAGUCUAAUUUCCUAUGAAAUUGAUGAUUUUUUGUUGUUAACUUAUAAACAGUUUACUUUAGAAAAAAAAGUAGACAUCAUUUUUUGUAGGAAAUUUAGUCUAAUAUAAAAAAGUUUUUAUGAGUCGAAUCUCUAAAAUGAAUAUUUAAAGAGAUAUAUAAACUUAAAGUCAUUCAAAUUCAAAAUUUUAGCAAAAUGAAAUAUAUCUUUUUAAACAUUAUUUUUACAAAUUUGACUUUUAUGAAUUUUAUUGUAGAAGGCUGAAUUUCCUACAAAAAAUAUUGAAUAAUUUUUUUCUCUAAAGUCAACCGUUUAGAAGAGUAAAAAAACCAGCAAUUUCAUUAGAAAUUAGGCUUUCAAGUCUUUCACGCGGACUGUUGUUGAAGGCACUGCUAAGCAGAUACAGACUUUUUCAAAAAGCAUACAGUUCUCUUUAAAUAAAACUUUAUCAUAUCUUAUUGGUUCGGAGUUUUAUUCAAUAAAAAAAAAAAAAUUUUAAUUUACAUGCUUUGAGCAUGGAAAAACUUCCACAAGUUACAGUUUUUAAUUUUGAUAUUAAGGGCUUAAAAUUAUACUGAAUUUUUAUUUUAGCCUGUAGAACAAGAUUUUUUAAUAUAUAUAUUUAUAAAUAAUAGUUAAGUUGUUAUUUAUUAAUUGUGUACAACGAGUUGGCAAUUACUUUAUCACUAUUGUGAUACAGUAUUUUUAAUUAUUUUAUUAAUAAUUGAUUUAUUUUUAAAAAUAACAGCGUCUUGAAGUUAAUGCGAGUUUUUAUUUAAUUAUUUUGCAUUUAUUAGUCAGUGUGUUAAUCAUUAUCACACUCCGUCCAUUAAAUUUUCACAGUUAUAUUGUUCUUCCUAAUAGUUUACAAACUACAAUUUCUCUUAUUAAAAGAAGUUAUUUAAUAUGAUUAGAAAACAAAAAUUUUAAAUACUUUUUAAAGUUUUUGAAUUCUUUUGAAUCGCUCUUCUUAUGGGCAUUUAACAUUGCAAAUCGUUUCUCUUAAUCAGAGAUUAUUAAUGUUUUUAUUUUUUUAACACCGUGCCAAUAUGUAACUGAUGCAGUUUAAAAUACUUCAAGACUUGAUUACAUUUACUUUAUUUUAUAUUAUUGGUGCUAUUUUCUUAAACGCCCAAUAAUUUUUUUUUAUAAUUUACGAAAAAACAAUAAUAACAAUAAUACAUUCCUAUUAAAUAAUUUGCAUACCGUGAUAGUUGUUUUAUCUUUUUGUACUUUUAUAAUAAUAAUAAUAAUAAUAAUAAAAAUCGCUGGCUCGGAUUUUUUUCAAUUUAUAGAGAAUAAAUAUUUAAAUUAUUUACAUUAAAAGGCUAUUGUGCAGCACAUAAAAUUUAUUAAAUAUAUUAGUAUUUGAUAUUUAAUAUUAAAUAUACAUAAUAUAAUUACAUUAAUUAAUAAGAGAACAUAUUAUCGCGU